UAGCUUUAGCUUAAGCUUCUCUCAUGGCGGAUUGGACUAGAACUUGAUUUAUUUUGAUUCUUGUAGACUUUUCUUUGAAGCUCUAGCAAUGGCGAGUAGACCAGAGGUGGGGAAGGAGUGGGAGGAGAUGUUGCGUAAAAUGCUACCUCCAGGGGCUCCCUUGCCGGAUGAAGAACACCUCGACUACUCGAUCGCUGUUGAGUACCAGGGCCCUCCGGUUCCUUACGAGGUCCCCAGGGUCGAACCUAUCGAUGUAGAUUCGCUUUCGAUUGGAACUUCUUCUCUGGUCUCUGUUUUAGAGGCUUCUUCUUCUCCGGUCUCCAAGAUUGCUGUUCCAGUCAUGCCCGUGGCUUCCAACGUUUCUAGGUUUAAUAGAUUCUAUAAUGGAGGCAUAGGUUCUGGCUCUAUAUCGGCUGGGAGCUGGAAGUCGUAUUCGACCUCGGGAAUGCAAAUUGAAUCGAAGGGAGAGGAGUCAGAAGAGUCUGAUCACGGAGAUGGAGGAGAUGAAGCCAAAGGUUCGUCAUCGGUUCGAGAUCCUAACUCAGUGUCUGCUACUCCUGUCAUUGGUUCGCCAGAGAAGCAGAAGCGAGCAGCGGUUGUGACUUUCAAUACCGAAGAAGAGUGGGACAAGGAUGACGAGUUGUCUUCUACCAGGUCCAGUAUUGCAGAUCGGGCACAGUCACUCUCCCCUGGUGCGGUUCGGGAUCGAGGGAAGGAAAAGAAGAAAGGAGUGUGUAGCAGAUGCGGGAAAGGGAGUAGGUUGAAGGAGAGGGAGGCUUGUUUGGUGUGUGAUGCUAGAUACUGUACUAAUUGUGUGCUCAAGGCCAUGGGUUCCAUGCCCGAAGGUCGGAAGUGUGUGGGCUGCAUUGGGCAACCCAUAGAUGAGUCAAAGAGGUCGAGUUUGGGGAAGUGUUCUAGGAUGUUGAGCAGACUUUGUAGUCCGUUAGAGGUUAAGCAGAUCAUGAAAGCGGAGAAGGGAUGCUCGGCAAAUCAGCUUCAACCGGAGCAACUUAUUAUCAAUGGAAGGGCACUUAGGCAAGAAGAACUGGAGGAGAUUUUGGGUUGUCCAAUCCCUCCCCUGAAGCUGAAACCGGGGAAGUAUUGGUACGACAAGGAUUCUGGCCUUUGGGGAAAGGAAGGUGAGAAGCCAGAUAGGAUCAUAAGUUCGAAACUGAAUGUUGGUGGAAAGCUCCGGUUGGAUGCGAGUAAUGGGAACACAAAAGUUUACAUCAAUGGCCGUGAAAUCACAAAGAUUGAGCUCAGGUUUCUCAAGUUGGCCAAGGUCCAGUGCCCCCAGGAUACUCAUUUUUGGGUGUAUGAUGAUGGGUCUUAUGAGGAAGAAGGUCAGAAUAACAUAAAAGGAAAUAUAUGGGGAAAGGCAUCAACUCGUUUCAUUUGUUCAUUAUUCUCGUUGCCUGUACCACCGGGAAACACUCAUGAUCCAAAAGAAGAUGCGACUACCUUUUCAAGUAGGUCUGUGCCUGAGUAUUUGGAGCAGAGAAGAGUCCAGAAACUUCUGUUACUUGGCUUGGAAGGAACUGGAACCAGCACUAUCUUCAAGCAGGCCAAGUUUUUAUAUGGGGAUAGGUUUUCUUCUGAAGAACUGCAGGAUAUCAAGCUUAUGGUUCAAAGUAGCAUGUAUAAAUAUUUGAGUAUACUACUUGAAGGCCGAGAACGUUUUGAAGAGCAGGCUUUGAUGAGUAAGAGAGAGGCUGCCUCUGAUGCUGAAGAAUCUGGUUCAGGUGAAAGUGGAGCUGACGAACAUAAGCAGUGCAUUUAUUCUAUCAACCAAAGGCUGAAGCAUUUUUCUGAUUGGCUUUUGGAAAUUAUGGCUAUGGGAGACUUGGAAGCUUUCUUUCCUGCUGCAACACGUGAAUAUGCCCCUCUUGUUGAUGAGGUUUGGAAGGAUCCUGCGAUUCAGGAGACAUACAAGAGAAGAGACGAAUUGCAUUUUCUUCCGGAUGUUGCCAAUUAUUUCUUAGAUCGGGCUAUGGAGAUAUCAAGUAAUGAAUAUGUGCCUUCCGAGAAAGAUAUUCUAUAUGCUGAAGGAGUAACACAGAGCAAUGGCCUUGCCUUUUUCGAAUUCUCACUGGAUGAUCGUAGUCCCAUGUCAGAGACAUACAAUGACAACUUUGAUUGCCCACCUCCACUGACCAAGUACCAAUUAAUUCGGGUAAGUUCGAAGGGACUGAAUGAUGGCUGCAAAUGGCUGGAAAUGUUUGAAGAUGUUCGGGCUGUUAUCUUCUGUGUUGCUUUGAGUGACUAUGAUCAAGUGUGGGCCCAAGGAGUGGGUCCACUGCGCAACAAGAUGCUGAUGAGCCGAGAACUGUUUGAGGGUGUAGUGACACACCCGUGUUUCAGGGAUACUCCCUUCAUUCUCCUCCUCAACAAGUAUGAUGCUUUUGAAGAGAAGAUCAAUCGGGUUCCCCUGAAAGUUUGUGACUGGUUUGGGGACUUCAGCCCAGUAAAACCUCAUAACAACAACCAGUCAUUGGCGAACCAGGCUUAUUAUUAUGUUGCAGUGAAGUUUAAGGAACUCUAUGCCUCCGUCAGCAACCGGAAACUAUUUGUGUGGCAGACCAGGGCCCGUGAACGGAGCACUGUGGAUGAAGCAUUCAAGUACAUUAGGGAGGUUCUUAAGUGGGAGGAAGAGAAGGAUGAAAAUAUGUAUGGAAUUGGUGUAGAUGAGUCAUUUUACAGCACUGAUGUGAGCUCAUCACCAUACAUUAGGCAGGAGUGAACUCAUUCUUUCCCCAGUAGUGAGCCUCUUUUUUGUGCUUGCUACUGUUUUUCAGAAAGAUUUGAGUACAUCAAUUUUUUUAUUCAGAUAAUUUUCAUAGCCCAUUCUAGGGUUCUGUAUGAAUGCAAUUGAUGAAGGUAGGAAGCAGUAACAUACUAUGCCUAAGAGGGCUAGGAGGUCAUUCAGGACACAUAGGAGUAGCAUUGAGGCCAGAAGCGAGGUGUAGAGCUCUGUAUAGUUUUGGUUCGUACUAGAUUCUUAUGAUUACUUGCUCUUUAUAGUGUAGGUUCACAUUAGAAUAUUGGAUCACCUUGCACCUUGAUAUAACGAAUAUUAUAUUUGUGAUGAAUACCAUUG